CUCGUUAGCCCUGUGCUAACCCCUCUCUUCUCUAGAUUUCUAGACGCGCGCAUACGUCAGAGACUCCAUAGGAGAGGCAUCCAGGGGAGAACUUUGUUCUUCCAAGAGAUGGCAUAUCGGCGAAGCGUCAUCACUAGAGGAAGUUUUCUCGCUCGGCGAAUCCACCCGUCCUUUGGUUACAUUAGUCAUGAUGAAGAUCGGAAACAACGUUCUGCUGACUCCUAUCAAUCUCCACAGAGAAUUAGUGACUUCCUUCUGCGGAGGUCCUUUGGAAGCAAAAUCAACACUUCUGGAGGGUUUGGUGCCUUCUUUCAAGGGAAAGGUUUUUCGCCAUUGUCUCAUCAAGUGGCAGUUGGAUCCUCGUACAGUAGGUAUAUGUCUACUGCAAUUGGAGAAGGGUCAGAAAAUAUAGGAGUUAUUGCAGAGACACCCGUGGACUUGAUUGCAAAUGCAGCUGUGGAUGUUGCAUCAGAAGUCAGCAUCGCUGCUGCAGAUUCUUUCUUCCUUGUUGGGAUCCUGCAGCAUUUAAUUGGUGGUGUUCAUUCUUAUACUGGCUUGAACUGGGCAGCUUCCAUAGCUCUAACCACUCUUUUGAUUCGAGGGAUGACAGUUCCGCUUCUAGUAAAUCAACUGAAAUCCACUUCUAAACUAACUUUGAUGAGGCCACACUUGGAGGCUAUAAGGGAAGAGAUGCAAGCUAAGGGCAUGGAACCUAGUGCAGUGGCUGAAGGUAACAAACGAAUGCAGCAAAUAUUUAAAGAGUACGGGGUGACUCCUUUCACUCCAUUGAAGGGGCUCAUUAUCCAAGGUCCUGUCUUCGUCAGUUUUUUUCUUGGUAUUUCAAACAUGGUACAAAAGGUCCCAUCUUUUAAAACUGGAGGAGCAUUAUGGUUUACCGAUCUCACAACUCCAGAUAGUUUUUACAUCAUGCCAAUUUUGGCGGGAUUGACAUUCUUGAUAACAGUGGAGUUCAACAUGCAAGAUGGUAUGCAAGGAAAUCCUACUGCUGGCACCAUGAAGAAAUUCUCCAGGGCCCUUGCUUUUCUUUCAGUUCCAUUUACCAUGAAUUUCGCUCAGGGUAUAUUUUGUUAUUGGAUUCCCUCCAAUUUGUUCUCACUCGCCUAUGGAUAUGCUGUUAAACAACCUGCGGUGAAGAAGAUGUUUGGUAUCCCUGAAAUACCUGUUCCACCGCCUCCUGCUAAAACCAGUCCCAGCACUUCCUUCUCUUUAUCACGAGCACUAAAAACUUUCAAAGCGUUAAUGCCGAAAGGCCCUUCAUCGCCACCGUUAUUGCCGCCUUCAUCACCACGUUCAUCACCUGCUCAGUCACUAGUUCAACCCUCAAAGUUUGAAGGCAAACCAAUAUCUUCAACAGCAGUUCUAAGUCAGAGGAUUAGAAGUUUAGAAAAACAAGUGAAGGGAAGAAAGAAAAAUAAAAAGAGGUGAGGAAAUUUUCAUCUUCAAAAGUUGAGCUAUCUUGAUUACAACUAAUCCAGUUCAAUUCAUUUUGCCUGUUGAAAUAAGUGUAGUAUUCUUGAAGUUUAUUGAAGCAUUUGAAAUUAUUUAAGCAGGCAUGGAAACAAUGCCUCAGAACCACAUAGAGAGAUCUUAUAGUUAUCUUGUAACUGAGAUGUUUUUGGUAGUGAGGAAUUAAAGUUCUGAUGGAGGUAAUGUAUUAUCCUCUUGGUGAUUUUUUGGGUUCUCUUCUUGCAAGUCUUUGGAAGCAUCCCCUAAGACAAAUUCAGAAAAAACAAAAAUAUUGAGAUUGGAACUAUCCAUGGAAUUCCAUUUUCAU